GCGGGACCGUGGCACAGCGGCAGGGGAGAUGCUACCCCGGCGUCCGCGGGGCCCUUUGCAGGCGGUGCGGCGCCGCAGUCAGGAGCUGAAGCUACAGGUUGAUGAUUUGCUUUCUGAAAGCCAAUUGAAAGGAGCUCUAGAAUCUAAUAAAAGGCAAGAUAUUUACCAAAGAUGUGUUCAGUUAAAACAGGCAAUAGAUGAAAAUAAAGCCACUCUUCAAAAAUUAAAGAAGGCUGACGAAGCUGCACCUGUCGGGAACUAUGAUCAGAGGAAGGAGGAGGAGCAGGCCCUGCUGGACAAGCUUACCCACCAGCUGCAGGAGCUCGCUGUGGCCAUGAGUAAAGAGAAUGCGACCAAGACUGAUGCACGUACCGAAAAGGAGAAAGAUGCACAUUCUACUGAAGAGGAGCCAGAUGGUAAUGAUGAUGGUGAUAAUGGUGACAGUGGUGACAGUGGUGAUGAAGAUGAAGGAGAAGAAGACAGUGAAGAAAGCAGUGGGCGGGAAGAAGAAUCAGAGGAGGAGGAAGAGCAGCAGGGAGCUGACUCUCUCAGAGAAGCAGCCAAUAAAGAAUAUGUUGCGCUGGGAGACUUUACUGCUCAGCAAGAUGGGGAUCUUACGUUUAAGAAAGGGGAAAUUCUCCUUAUAAUUGAAAAGAAGCCCGAUGGUUGGUGGAUAGCCAAGAAUGCUAAAGGAAAUGAAGGCCUUAUUCCCAGAACCUACCUGGAGCCCUAUAAUAAAGAAAAAGAAGAGCAAGAAUCAAGUGAGGAGGACGUGGAGGUGGUGGAUGAGACAGCAGACGGAACUGAAGUUAAGCAAAGAACUGAUUCCCAUUGGAGCGCCGUCCAAAAAGCUCUCUCUGAGCAGAUCAACACUGUGGAUGCGCUGGCCAUGAUGGGGGCCAUCCCAAUGGGCUUCCGGCCCUCCACGCUCUUCCAGCUGCUAGAGGAAGGGAAUCAGUUUCGAGCAAGCCACUUCCUACAGCCAGAGCUCACGGCGUCACAGCUGGCCUUCAGAGAUCUAGUGUGGGAUGCCAAAGCGGGCACCAUCAGGCCGAGACCAAGCCGCAUUUCGCUGGUCCUGACACUGUGGAGCUGUAAGAUGAUUCCUCUCCCGGGAACGAGCAUUCAGGUCCUCAGCCGGCACGUGCGCCUCUGUGUGUUUGACGGCAGCAAGGUUCUGAGCAACAUUCACACAGUCCGAGCUACAUGGCAACCGAAGAGGCCCAAAACGUGGGCUUUUUCUCCCCAGGUUACUGGCAUCUUGCCCUGCCUGCUCAGCGGCGAUUGUUUCAUCAGGUCCAACUCUUCAUCCCCAGACCUCGGGAUCUUGUUUGAACUUGGAAUUUCCUAUAUUCGUAAUUCCACUGGUGAGCGAGGAGAGUUGAGCUGUGGCUGGGCGUUUCUGAAGCUGUUCGAUGCCAGUGGCGUUCCUGUUCCGGCCAAAACUUAUGAGCUCUUCUUGAAUGGCGGGACUCCCUAUGAGAAAGGCGUGGAAGUGGACCCUUCUGUGUCCAGGAGAGCACACAACAGCAUUUUCCAUCAGAUGCUGAGUAUGCGGAGGCAGCCUCAACUGCUGGUGAAACUGAGGUCUCUGAACCAAAGAUCAAGGAACAUACUGAGCCUCCUGCCAGAAACACUGAUUGGAAGCAUGUGCUGCUCUCACUUGCUGGUAUUUUAUCGGCAAAUUCUUGGAGAUGUGCUGCUGAAAGACAGAACUAACCCACAGAGUGCUGAUCUAAUCAGCCACCCGAUGCUGGCCUCCUUCCCCCAGCUCUUGGAGCAGCCCGAGGUGCUGGAUGCGCUGAGGAGUUCAUGGGCUGAAAAAGAAAGCACAUUGAAAAGAUCAGAGAAGAGAGACCGAGAGCUCCUCAAGGCCAGCUUCCUCCUGGUCUACCAUGACUGUGUGCUCCCGCUGCUGCACACCACGCUCCUGCCCCCCUUUCGGUGGGCUGAAGAGGAGACGGAGGCUGCACGGUGGAAAAUCAUCGCUGACUUCCUCAGGCAAACCCAUGAGAAUGAGGGCGCCCUGCAGGCUCUGCUGUCCCAGGGGGGCGUCCACGAGCCUUUCGACCUCUCCGAGCAGGUCUUCGACUUCCUGGGUGCGGGGAGGAGGAGCCCCAGCUGAGGGUGGCAGCCUGGCGCGCAGCAGCACGGCUCUGUGACCGAGCCCCAAGUAACUGACGCAUUCUGACUGGAGCCUGCUCUUUUGUGUACAGAUUAUAUUUUUAAAGAUAUAUUUAUCCAAUAACAUGAAUACUUUUAAAAAAUAAAAUACAUUUUAUAAGGAAUA